AUAGUCGGAAAGACACUUCUGAUUCAAGUCACCUUUAUACAUUGUCUACUUGUGAAAGCGCCAAUAUUUCCUGAAAACGAAACUCGAUAAAACAGUACAUACAGAUAUUCAUCUUUUAUUUGAAAAAUUCCAACACAACAAAAUGUCGUCAACUUCUCAAAAACAUAGAAAUUUUGUAAUGGAGCCUAUGGGUGAUAAACCUGUAACAGAGCUCGCAGGGAUUGGUGAAGUUCUUGGUGGUAGACUCUCAGAGUCAGGCUUUGAUUGUGCCUAUGUUGUCUUGGGGCAGUUUUUGGUGUUGAAAAAAGAUGAAGAUAUGUUUAAAGAUUGGCUGAAAGAUUUGAUUGGAGCCAAUUCCAAACAACAGAAUGACUGCUAUCAAUGUUUGAAAGAGUGGUGUGACCAAUUCUUAUGAACAUAUUAUCUAAAUAAAAAUGUAAACAUUUUAUUAUCCUAUAAAUGUGGAGCCUUUUAUCAUCUUGAAAGUGUUUUAUUGAUCAGCAUUUAACAUAUCAUUGCUAAUCACAUGAGGACAUUUAUUAUAUACAAAUAUUCUGAUUUAACAUGUUUAAGAAUUGAAAAUAAUAUGUAAAUUUUUCAAAAUGUUAUUAAUAAUUCAAUAACUCUAUCUGAGUGACAAAGUAGUUUAUAAUAUAUGCAUGUUUAAUUUUUUCCAUGAAUUUUAGAAAAACAUCAUAUUCACUUUAGAGACAUCAGGCCUGCAAGAAAGACUACAGUUCAAGUCAAUGUCAAAUGUGUUUGUGAUGAUCUUAGCUUAGUCAAUGAAUAAGUAUGAAUAAAAAAAAUGUCAAAUAUGUUUGGUUUUGUUAAGCUAAACCUUCAAAGUAAGAUAAUUUGUAACAAAGUCCUUCAAAUUUUGAGCUUUUUAUUUAUAAAAGGAUGUAGCCUUGUGCGUCCUCAUGUCUAAAACGGUUGUCUUGAAUCUACAAUGUAGCUGAUCUAUUUGUUUUAUGUAAAAGUAGCUUUCAAAAUAUAUACACUAAUUGUUUCAUUUUCAUCAAAUAAUUUAUUAAUGUUUAUACAACAAUGUAGCCACACUUGGAACAAAACAACCCUAUGUUAUUUAUACAACACAAGUGUGAAGAAUUUGAUUUGAAUUUAUUGUUGUAACUAUUGCAUUACUAUGGAUUCAUUAUUAUCCAUAGGAUACCAAUUUUCGUGGAUUAAGGUGAACCAAUAAUUUAAAUGUUCAAUGAAGUACAAAAUUAAAUAGACUUGCAUGCAAGAUUUGGCAAAACCACAAAAUUAAAUAUCAAUGAAAAUACAGUUCUUCCUCAAUCCACGGAAACAAAUGAAUCCAUGGAAAUAAAUGAAUCCACAGAAAUAAAUGAAUCCACAGUAUUUCAUUUUAGAAGGGAUGGCAAGUUUUAGUGGUGGUAGGAAGCAUCCUAAAGAUAUUGUUAACUGUGUUAUUUAUUAUAUUCAUUUUGCCUUAGGCCAAAUAAAUGAAAAUAAGCUUCUCAGUGCCUCCCUCGGCUACUCAAAACCUGCUUCAUGUCUGGUUUUAUUUUGGAAGAAAGAGUUAAGUGGUGAUUGAAACUUGCUGGUCGAACUUUCAGUUUUAUGAAUGAAAUUUAGAAAAUGUACUUUAAAAUUUUCAAAUUUGGCCUAAGCAGCUAAUUAAACAUUUAUUUAUACACGUAUAGCAAUGUUUUUAUGUCCUUAUAUCAUGUAUAUAAUUGAAAUGUAUACACAAGAAUUCCACCAGUUAUACAUAUUAGCUUACAUUUAUAAAUGUGCAAGUUUGGUUGUUUUUUCUUUUUUUUUGACAUUGUUACUUUUUCAAAAUGUGAAUACAAUGAUGUAUGUUUUUCCAAGUCUAAUUGUUGAAAACUUAAAAAAAAAAAAUAAUAAAGUCACAAAGUAAUGUACCAAGUGUGACUUUUAAAUACUAAAACUUUAUCUGCUAAGGAGGAAGUGCCAAUUUCCCUUCUAUUUGUUCCAUUCACAGACAGGCUCAAAACCUUAAAGCUGUAAAACCAAAUGGUAUCAGAGUUUAUAUAAUAUUCAUAGAUUAAAUGUAUUUUGUUAUACAAUGUAAUGAUGUUGUACAGAAAAAAAUAUUCAAAGUAUUUUAUUUGUUUAUUUUGCAAUCUUUUUGUUGUUAACGUAGGUGUAAUUCUUACCUUUAGUAGUUGUUACCUUUUUUUAAUUUUUGGUGCACAAAAUGACUUUUAAUUGAUAAAAAAAUAUACAUAUGCAACUUUGUACUUGCCUAACAAUGUGCCCAGUUCAAAAGUUCUAUUGUUUUAGUGUAUUAAUGUCAUUUGUAAUUCUUUUAAGCCAAUUACCCCAAAUAUAAUGUAAAUUAAAGAAUUGAUGCAUCCAACUAUUCAGGGGAAAUGUCAAAGUAAACUGAAGUUAAUUAAAUUAGUUCAGAAAGACAACAGUGCAAAGAUGCUGAAGUUAGAUAAAAUUAUUAGUUUGAAUAACUUGAUCUGAACUCGGUCACAUUUGUGACAUUGUAAUUACCAGUACCCAAUGGUGAUGAGAUUAUAUGUAGUUGUAAUUUAUUAGAUAAAUAAAAGCUUUGUUUUAUCUA